GACGGAAGAACAUUUUCACUGUAGCAUUCCUCUGUUUACCGAGUCGCAAGGUUGCAACCAUGAAGAUGGAGGAGAGACUGAUCGCCGCCGUGAAGACCUUCCCGGAGCUGUACAACCCCGCCAUGAGGGAGCACAAAGACGUCCAUUGGCGCGCAGUCGCUUGGCGUUGUAUCGCUCCUCAAGUUGGGAUUUCUGAAGAGGAAGCUAAGAAGAAGUGGAGGAAUCUCCGAGACAAAUACAGAAAGGAGCGCAUCGCUGAGAAGGAGAGGCGAAGCGGAUUGGCAGCAGAGCCCAAGAGGACGUGGAAAUUCAUGCCGCUGCUUCAGUUCCUCGAGCCCUACGUCCUGGGGAGGUCGGCAUGCUCCAACACGGGGCACGACACAAGUUCUGAAACGGACAGUCCCUCGGCUUCUGAGCCAAGCCCUCCUGCAGCUGAGGUGCCCUCCUGCAGCGCUGCGGUCAGCCUUGCGAUACACCCAGUGACACCUGAGGAGAACUGCAGGCUCACACCAGGACCCAGCAUGCCCUCCGAGCGCCCCCACACACCCACACCUGGUCCUUCACAGACCCUGCAUGGGAGGAGCCGACUUUCUCGCCCCAGGAGAGAAAACUCAGAGCUCUCUGAAUUUGAGGCCCAGGUGAUGAGCUCACUUACCGCCCGUCAAGACGAGGAUGACUACUUUGGAUGCAGCCUGGCGGAAACUCUGAAGAGACUUCCCCCAGCGAAGAAGCGGCUGCUACGGUGCCGCAUUGAGCAUAUUGUGUAUGAGGUUGAGUUUGGCGAUGGGCAGCAGUGUCCGGUUUGUGUGUCACGGGACACAGUGUGCCCAGAAAUUAAAACUGAAACUGAAUAGACUGUUGUGUUGCGAUGUUGACGUUUUUCCCCACAUGGAAAGUGACAGCUAAUCUGAAGGGAGGCAGAUGUAAGUGAGAGCGAUAGAACGACCCUGCUACAUGUAGAUAAUACUAAACACAUGCAUGGUCUUCUUUUGGCUCAUGGAUAUGAGGUGUUCAGAGGUGUAAGAAGAAGAGAAGGGAGAAGAUUACAAUAUGCGCUAUCCUUUUGAGUAUUCAUCACUGCAGAACUCAACAUGUUCACUUAAGAGUUUGAAUUUUAAUGACUUAAAAUGCAGUUUCAUUAAGCACUCAAACAUUACUCUACUGAACUUUCUUCAGCAUCAUCCAUUGUUCAUAUGAGGAAGGUGCCUCCCUUACAUAGCUACAUCAAGUCUGGCCUUCAUUGAGACCGUUUUUUUUAUAUUUGAUAAACUGAUUAUUUACAGACAGUAAUAUACAGUAUCCACAGGUCCAUAUGUUAAUAUGUACCACCUAACCUGAAAGAACAGUUGACCCAAAACAUUUUAUUUAAGUGUUAUAUACUCAUAUUGUAAUUGCUACUGAACAUUGUUUGCCAAUAUAACAACAUAUAACAGUGAGUUAGCUGGUGCAGCUUCAUUUCAGGUUCUAUCUGAAACAACAAACAUGACAGAAACAUAUCGACAUUCAAAAAAUGUCUUAAAAGAUGAUAAAAAAAGAUUUCACUUGAUGCACCAUAUUGGGAAUGGUAUUCUAAAUAAAUGAUAAACCUCAUAUAAGAUAAACUUGGAAUCCAAGUCCAAUAGACUAUUUACUGAUUUUAACCUACUCACAAAACUCAGUUUGCCCUGGAGCUCCUGGAGAUAAUUCUUUUCAUUUAUUUCCUGUCACAGUUUAAUUCUGCAAAUGCAAGUUAAGAGGAGACUAUUUGAAAGUGUAAAUAGCAUAUUAAUUUACUGUCCAGAGUAUAGUUUGUAGUAUAUACAGUACGCUGUGUGUUGUGUAUGGCCCCUAAAAGUUGGACAACACGAACAGUGAAAACAAUAUAUCUCAGCAGUUUUAAGAUUUUUGAGUCAUUCUCCAUUGACUCAAUUAUGACAUUUUUCACAGCAUUUAAUGGUAACGUGUGUUUACUGUUGUAGUAACAGUUGAUGUGGUGCACAAUAUGAAGUUCAAAUCAAUAUGUGGAUAUUUUAGUGACAUAUCAGUUUCGGAAGAAACCUAUUUUGACCGGACCAUAUUGCUAAAAAUAAUGAAAGAUAUAAACAGAAUCAUUGUUUUUACAAAUGUACUGAACACAACCCAGAAGCUGCACUUUCUGAUCGUGAAUGCAGUAUAAUUUGUGAAUACCCUUUUCAACAAAUAAACACAGAAACACA